AUGAAUUUCUUUCUUUCCUGCUUGCUCUGUGUAUUUCUUUUUUUUUUUCUUUCUUUCUUUCUUUCUUUCUUUUUUUGCUUGUUCUCUGUUAUUUUUCUUUUACUUUCCUGCUUUCUUUCUUUCUUUUGUCAAAUUUUUCCUGCUUGCUCUCUCUGUGUAAAUUUCUUUUUUUUUCUUUUUCUUUCUUUUUUUCUUUCGUUAUUUCUUUGCUUUCCUGCUUUCUUUCCUGAUUUCUCUUUCGUUUAUUUCCUUUCUUCCUCUUUUCUUUCUUUCUUGUGUAUUUAUUUUUUCUUUCUGCUUUCUUUCUUGUAUUUCUUUUCUUUCUAUUUUUUCUUUGUUUAUUUCUUUCUUUUUUCUUUUCUCUUGUUUUUUCUUUUUUUCCUGCUUUUUCUUUCGUGUAUUUCUUUCUUCCUUCUUGCUCUCCGUUUUCUUUCUUUCUUUCCUCUUGCUCUCUGUGUUUUCUUUCUUUUCUUUUCUUUCUUUCUUUCUUUCUUUCUUCUUUUCUUUUUUCUUUUUAUUUCUUUCUUUCCUGUUUGCUCUCUUUCUUUAUUUCUUUAUUUCUUUUUGCUUUCUUUCCGUGUAUUUCUUUCUUUCUUUUUGCUUUCCUUUUUUCUUUCUUUUUCUUUCUUUCUUUCUGAUUGCUUUUCUUUCUUUUUUUCUUUCUUUCUUUCUUUCUUGCUUUCUUUCUAG